AGGGACUGUCAGUAGUGACUUGAAUUUGAAGACAGAAGGAAGGAGUUUCAUUUACGUAAAUUGUAUACAGUGAAGAAAAACAGAAUCUCCCAAAUGGAUAAACAUUCAAGAGCCCUUGUCGUCGUUCUGUGUAUAGCCAUUUCCUCCACAAUGAUGGCUGUUGUCUCUUCUCAAAACACGCCACCUGCUGCUCAAAAGGACAAAGUGGGUAUGCGUUUCUUCCCAGGUUCUUAUCCCGGGGUCUAUAUGGGAUCAUACCCCAGCCCAUAUCCCGGAGGAUACUUUGCGGGAGUCCCUGCACAACCUUAUCCCAGAAUCGUGGGUCAUCCGCUGGGCUACCCCAUGGGAGGAUAUCCUGUUGGACCAGGAUUCCCUGUGGGAGGCUAUCCUGUUGGGCCAGGAUUACCUGUGGGAGGCUAUCCUGUUGGGCCAGGACCAGUAUACCCAGGAAUUCCCAUGUUUUAUAAUAACGGGAAUACCGGUGGAAGAUAAUGAAACGUGUGUGUGUCUGCAUCUUAUACGAUCACUUCCAUUCAUUACUAAAAAUAUGUAAAAAGUACAAAUAUAAAUACCGGUAACUGUGUCAAAAAAUUCAGAUGUGUUCUGUGUGUGUUAUUUACAAGUACUUCAUUAUUGGAUUGAUAAGAAAAAUUUACUAUCAACUGGUGGACGGUUACGAUAGUCUCCGGAGCCAACAGUGUCAAGGUCGGGAACCACUGCUGGAUUCUGAACUCCGCCGCCCAUUCCUGAUAAACAUUUGUCGGUAGGCAAAGAAAGAACUCCCACUGUGGUCUGCGGUCAGAUUUAUAUUACGUAUUCAUUCUAUCAUACACCUCAUUCUGCUGCCGCGUCUCGUUAUCUCUGAAGUGCAACAGAUGGUUCGUAUUGGGUGGAACUCUAUGGACUUGUCUAAUAUAGAACAGGUAUAAGAAUCAUUUCAAAACAGUACUGUAAUUUCACUUCUACGUUAUCGCACACGUUUGCCCUUUAGAAGCACGAAUGUGUGAGAGAAACUGUGGAGGUCGGGAACCAUAACCUGGUCCAUAACCUGGUAUGUCUGUUUCAAGCAUGCAAUGUAUCCGGUGCCCAAGAGGUGCUCACUAGUCUAGCUGUUCAUGGAAAAAAAAUUAUUAAUUUGCGGCACGAUUGUUAAAAUGUAUUUAAUAAUUCAGUUUAUACUUCACAAGAAAAGCACAUUGCCAUCAUUAUAAAGAUUGAUUAAUUAUGUGCUGGGAAUUGAUGACUGUUUCUUCUGAGAAUCAUGCAGAACACAUAGAGUCUUGGGCAAAACGCAGGCAUUUUUGAUGACAAGAAAAAUUAUUUUAAAACAGCCAUUAUGAUUUGAAUUGAUUAACUCCAGGAAUACACGUGAAAUAUUUAUAUGAAUGGAAGUUUUUAUGAGUUAAGGCGCUGUUGCUCUGUUGCCUGUAUUUCUAAUAUGAUAUGAACAUCUUUAUCAUUGAAAUAGAAAUAAUUGUAUUGGGGUGAAUUUUUAAUCUUAAUCUUACAUAUUAACUAAAACAUUGUUGCUUUCAAGUUAUUUUAAUUCACAAUUAUGUAUAGAUGCAACAGUUAAUGUAAAAUUAAUUCCUGUCAAUUUUUCUUAUAUGCUUUUGUGAAUAAUUGAAAUCAUUCUGUUUUAUGUUUAUGUUUGUACGUCUAUGUUUAUCCUUACACUACUUUAAUACAUAUUGGUAUAACAUUAAUGGUUCGGCUUUCUGUAAGAUAUAUGUUCACUUCUCACUGCAAUUUCGUUGGGGCUGAAAUAUUUAAUUAAUAAUGAAAAAAUCUUAUUUUUCAAACUGUUAAACAAAAACUUAGUACUUCAUAGUAUUAAGGUAUAAAUUAUAUUCGCAUUUUAAUAAACAAAAGAUCAGUGUUGUGUUUUGUACUUUUAUAUCUAGCUUUCGCCUGUAAGCCUGUACCUAUGUAGCAUAAAAAAUAGAGAAUGUUACGAAAUGCAUA